AUGCAAGUAGAACCGAAAUGUCCAGGUCCAAACGAAGUAUACACGACUUGUAAAAAGUCCUGUCCUCCAGAAACAUGUGUCUCCCUCGUGGCCAAGUUCAGCUGUGAUGUCAAUGAAGCUUGUCAAAAUGGCUGCGUCUGCAAGCCAGGGUUCUUAAGAAAAUCUCUGGGAUCUCCUUGUGUACCCAUCUGUCAAUGUCCUGAGAUGAAGUACUCUCCAGAUUGUAAAAAGAAUUGA